AUGAGGGAGAAUCAGUCAGAUAGACAGCAAGUAAACGAGCUUAUUGAAAAUAGGACAGAAGAUGAACCUGAAAAUGGGACAGACGGGGAAUCAGAGAAUAGGACAGUCGGGGAGCUGCAGAAUCAGCAGGCUCAGUUAGACUGGAAUAAAAUUGAGACAGAUCAAACAGAUGGGAAUCGAAGGGAUGAGAACAUCGAAUUUCCAGAAUAUGAAAUUCCAGAGUCCAUUCAAGCAAACAGUGACCAAGUUCUUCCCAUGAAAAAGUCCACAAUGGACUGGAGUUCGGAUGAGGACGACGAAGAUGGACACACAGUUACUACCAAUGAACUCGACAGCUUGCAGCGUCCGCUGCCCGCUGCUGUCCGCCGCAUCGUCGGCGCGUCUUCUGCCUCCACGGACCGGCCCGGCUUCGCUCCGGGCACAGCCGCAGGGGUGGAUACUCCGCCGAUAGACCCGUCGCACGCGAGGUCCGCUGCAUACUACGGCUCCAAGAUCGCGGGGCACCGAGGCAUGUUCUGCUAUCAUUGUCCGCCGUCGCUGCACCCUUCGAGCGCGCCACGGCUGCCAACCCUAGAUUACCCCUUCACGCCGACGCAUCCCUACACGAGCUACUCCUACCACCCCGCCAUCCACGAUGAUACGUUCGUCCGCCGCAAGCAGCGACGCAACAGGACCACCUUCACCUUGCAACAGCUGGAGGAACUGGAGAGCGCGUUCGCGCAGACGCACUACCCGGACGUCUUCACCCGCGAGGACCUCGCCAUGAAGAUCAACCUCACGGAGGCCCGAGUGCAGGUGUGGUUCCAGAACCGGCGCGCCAAGUGGAGGAAGGCGGAGCGCCUUAAGGAGGAGCAACGCAAGCGCGAGGAGCAGGAGAGGGGCAAGAGGGACCCCGACAAGGACGCCCUCGACGUCGACAAGGUGGAGUCCCGUGAGGGAGCGAGCCCUGUAGAGGACAUGGAGGCGGCGUCGACGUCUGCGCCAGUGGUGCACGCGGACACGAGCCGGUCACCGCUGAGCUGCAGCGACGCUGGCGACGCCGACGUCGGCGCGCCAGGCGCUCCCGGCUCCGCGUCCGCUUCCGCCCCCGCGCCGGCGCAGCAGACGGAGGCGCCGCCCCCGCUGCCUCCCCUGCUGGCGGAGGCGUCAGCGGCGGGGGCGGCGGCGGGCGCAGAGGCCAACUCGCUGCCCGCGUCCUACAGUCCCAGACGAAUGAUCAGCAAUAAGUCAACACAUCUUCAUGUCUCCUACCUACUGUAUGCCAUCCGAGAAAAGCUACUUAUCUUACCGUGA